AUGUAUAAGCCGUCCAUUCACUUAUGCACCCAAAAGCCUCAGACUGUACCCACAAGGGGCAAGGCCAGUUGGAAGUGUGUUCUGGUCUUUUUCCUCCUGGUGGUCACAGUGAUUUUUACUCAUCAGUUCAUAAGAACUCAGCUCCAGGGGUAUCCAGAAUCUGGGCCGUGGAGGUUUGAGAAUCUAGAAUCGUACUAUGUGUCAUACCCACAUCAAUACAAUUUCAUAUUGGAUCACCCGGACAAGUGCAGUCAGCACAAACCCUUCAUGGUGGUAAUGGUUCCAGUGGCGCCUCACCAAACUGAACAACGUAUUGCCAUUAGGAAAACAUGGGGAAACGACAGCGCCGUCCGAGACGGACAAGUCCUGGUUUUGUUUCUUCUGGGCUUACCAAGUGAAAACGAUUCUAAAACAGACCAGAAGCGCAUAGAACUGGAGAACCUACAGCACCAGGAUAUUCUGCAGAGUGACUUUAUUGACUCCUACAGGAAUCUAACCAUUAAAACCAUGAUAAUGCUGGAGUGGCUGAAAGAUCGCUGUGCCCAGGUCAAGUACGCUGCCAAGGUGGAUGCAGACAUGCUGCUUAACAUCACGGCAAUGAUCAAAAUGCUUCAGGAUUCCGUAACACCUCAGAAGAACUACAUCACUGGACUGAUAUCGUAUGAAAAUGUUGUGAUCAGAGACCCUUAUAACAAGUUCUACAUUCCUCCAGAAGUCUACGCUGACUCUGUGUACCCACCAUAUCCAUUAGGAAUGUGCUACAUCAUUUCAAUGGACCUGCCGGAAAAGAUCCUGCAGAUGUCAAAAAAAAUCAAACCCAUUUUUAUAGAGGAUGCGUAUAUCGGGAUGUGCCUCCAACAACUCCAGAUAUAUCCGAUAAGCCCUCCCAUCCCUGCCCGGUUUGUAGUCAAGCCACCUGGAACAUACAACCGCUGCUACUACGCCAGUCUCAUAGCUGUAAUUACGUACAAUCCUGAUGAACUGAUAUCGUACUGGACUGAUCUUCACAAACCAGGACCACAAUGUUAA